AUUCGUGCACUACUUUUUAGCGCGGAGUCGGUUCGAAUCGUGCAGUGGCGAGGCGAAAUGAAAAAUCAGUGACGGCGGUGUGUGAUUCGGUCGGGUUCGCUGUAUCGGCAGGGGACUUUUUGCUUUUUUGUGUCUGUUUAUCUGGACUCGUCUGCGUAAGCAAGACUACAAAAGCAUCAUGUCUUCUGUAGAUCCAAUGUUCAAGUCACUGCCUAAAAAUUCAACCUUUUUCACAAUAUGGAGAAUCGAGAAAAUGCAAAUUGUACAGUUUCCAAAGGACCAGUACGGUACUUUUUACACUGGUGAUUCAUAUAUUGUUGUGGUGGCAUCUGACAACACCGAGAAACCAAACUGUUUCAUGAAGAGCAAGAAAGCAGUUGGAGCGCUCGACAUCCAUAUCCAUUUCUGGCUUGGAGCGCAAACGUCUCAGGACGAGGCCGGGGUAGCGGCCUACAAGACCGUGGAACUGGACGAUCACCUGGGCGGAUCACCGGUCCAACACAGGGAGGUUCAAGGAUUCGAGUCGCAACGGUUUCUCUCCUACUUUCCCAGGGGAAUCAGGAUCCAAAAUGGUGGCGUCGUGAGCGGCUUCAAGCAUGUCGAAGACACCACGACUCCCCGGAUGUUCCACGUCAAGGGAAAGCGCCGGCCAAUUGUCAAAGAGCUGCCCCAUGUGUCCUGGAGCCUCAUGAACGACGGCGACGUAUUUGUCAUCGAUGCCCGGACGGUCGUCUUUGUGUGGUGUGGCAGACAUGCCAACCACGUCGAGAAACUUCAGGGAGCCGUGACAGCGCAGCAGCUGAAAGCUGAACAUGGGGAAGGCACCAUCGUUAUCGUGGAGGAUGGUCAAGAAAAGCACCUGGGCUCUCCCGAAAAAGAGUAUCUGAACCACCUCCUUCCACUGGAGGACAAAGUGGUCAAGAACCACCGAGACAUGUCCGGCGACGAGCUCGCCGAGAAGCAGCACUGCGCCGACAUCAAGCUCUAUCGCUGCUCGGACGAAGUGGGAACAUUGCGCGUGACAGAGGUCAAGACUGGACCCUUGGAGCAGAAAGACCUCCUUUCUCAGGACUCCUACAUCGUGGACAAUGCGGAGGCCGGGAUCUGGGUCUGGGUCGGCAAGAAGGCGAGCCACAAGGAGCGCACGGAGGCCAUGCGCAACGCACAGGGCUUCAUCAAGAAGAAAGGUUACCCGCACUGCACCCAAGUGGCGCGAGUCAUCGAGGGAGGGGAGCCAAUGGGGUUCAAGUGCCUCUUCAGGGUGUGGCAUGACGCCGAGCAUCCCGCCCUGCCCGGGAAGACGCACUCUGCACACAAAAUCGCCAAGACGGUCCAAACCAAAUUUGAUGCGCCGACACUCCACUCCAACCCGGCCCUUUCGGCUCAGAUGCAAGUGGUCGACGAUGGAACGGGAAAGCGAGAGGUAUUCCGGGUCCGAAACUUGAAUCUGGUUUCCGUCGAGCUGAGAGACCACGGAAAGUUCUUCUCGAACGGCUGCUACGUCAUCGUCUAUAUCUACGACUCGGGCACGAAGGAGGACUGCAUUGUCUACUACUGGCUGGGUCAAAACGCAUCGACGGACGACAAGCGGACGGCAGCGCUCAAAGCUCGAGAGCUGGACGAUCGUUUCAACGGCCAGUCCGUUUUGGUACGGCUCGUUCAGGGAAAAGAGACGCCCCACUUCAUGACCAUCUUUUCGGGACAGAUGAUCGUGUUCGAGGCGGCGGAUGAAGGCAUCAACGGCGGCAGCGUGGUGACCAACGGCAACGGCGUCGCCGCAGACCACAACGGGGGCGUUCACAACUUCCCGCGCGUGUACCUCCUGCGAGUGCACGGCACCACCCAGCACAACACCAAGGCGGUGCAGGUACCGUGCACCGCCGCCUCCCUCAACUCGGGCGACGUGUUCCUGUUGUCUGGCGGCGGAGGAGUCGUCUACGUCUGGGCGGGCCGCAAGAGCACCGGCGACGAGCGCGAGAUGGCCAAGAAGAUCGCCACUGGGUCGGGAAUGGAGAUGGUCCUGGUUUCCGAGGGCCAGGAGAAGCAGGAGUUUUGGAACGCCAUUGGAGGUCGGCUAGACUACACCAACGAAAAACAGAUACAGGAAGACACUGGCACGCGCGCAGCCCGCCUGUUCCACCUACGCGACCGCGUGGGGCGCCUGGCACCCCGGGAGGUGGUGGACUUUAACCAGUGCGACCUGGUGGAGGAUGAGGUGAUGCUGCUGGACGCCUGGCACUCCAUCUUUCUUUGGAUCGGAAAGGAUGCUGGCAAGGAGCUCGCCAAGCUCGCUAACCACGCCGCAGAGGAUUACCUUCAGGACGACCCCAGUUGCAGGGACUUGGGGACGCCGGUGAUCUGGGUCAAGCAGGGACUCGAGCCGCCAAACUUCACGGGCUUCUUCACCUCCUGGGACAAUGAAUUUUGGAAGACUCUGCCGACCUAUGAAAGCAUCAAGAAUGAGAUCGAGGACAGCAACCAAACUCUGCUUGCAAUGCAGCAACAAGCGGCGCUGUACCGGAACUCGAGGUCCGAGGUCGAGAAGUUUACAUUCGACGCGCUCAACGUCAAGAACCCGGACCAGCUCCCAACCUGCGUCGAUCCUGCGAACAAGGAGCUGUACCUCAACGACGAAGAAUUCCUGCGGAUCUUUUCCAUGGCAUACGAGGAGUUUGAGGGACUCCCCAAGUGGAAGAAGCUGGACCUCAAGAAGAAAGUGGGACUCUUCUAGAAAGAAAACGACAAAAACAAGAAACUGCACGAAAAAAAAAAAAAGACAGAAACAACGAAAAGCAGAUUUAGCCGAAAGGACUUUAACCAAACAACCAAAGAUUGACUCGUACUAUUCUCUUUGGGACUUUUUAUUUUUUUCUUCGGACCUCAAUACUCCCAUUGCGUGUCCAGUGCAAGAUUAUUUUACGAAAGUUACUGGAUUCCCCCCCCUCAGCUCCCCAAAGUAAGCCAA